UUGCAGGGAACCUAGGAGGAAGACCCCUGCUCCAUUCAGUAAGAGGAGCCAGCGAGAUUCAUUCCGGACAGCAGAACGGAAGAGAGGACCUUGAUGGCUUUCCCACCGCAGUUUUUAAAGCAUUUGUGAAUACUGGGGAAGGAAUCUGUCCUGAUUCUGAUGCAGCUGAGAAAAAUGCAGACCAUCAAGAAGGAGCAGGCAUCCCUGGAUGCUAGCAGCGGUGUGGACAAGAUGAUGGUGCUGAACUCCGCGUUGAGUGAGGUCUCGGAAGACUUGACAGGGGGUGAAGAGCUGCUUCUGAAUGAAGGCAGCGUGGGGAAGAGCAAAUCUUCCGCGUGUCGGAGAAAACGGGAAUUCAUUCCCGAUGAGAAGAAGGAUGCCAUGUAUUGGGAAAAGAGGCGGAAAAAUAACGAAGCUGCAAAGAGGUCUCGGGAGAAACGUCGACUGAAUGACCUGGUUUUGGAGAACAAACUGAUUGCCCUGGGAGAAGAAAACGCCACUUUAAAAGCUGAGCUGCUCUCCCUAAAAUUAAAGUUUGGUUUAAUUAGCUCCACAGCCUAUGCCCAAGAGAUUCAGAAACUCAGUCACUCUACCGCUGUGUACUUCCAAGACUACCAGGCGUCCAAGUCCAGCACCGGCCCCUUUGUGGAUGAGCACGAGCCCUCGAUGGUGACGAGCGGCUGCAUUUCUGUCAUCAAGCACUCCCCACAGGCCUCCCUGUCCGACGUUUCUGAAGUGUCCUCGCUGGAACAUUCGCAGGACGGGGCUGUGCGGGGUGGCUGUGGGAGCCCCGAGAGCAAGUUCCAGGCCAUCAAGCAAGAGCCCGUGGAACUGGAGAGCUACUCGAGGGAGCCUGGUGAUGAGCGGGGCGCCUACCGGGCCUCUGUAUAUCAGAACCUCAUGGGGACCACGUUCCCCAGCUAUUCCCACUCUCCCCCUCUGCUGCAGGUCGCCCGGUCCUCCAGCAACUCCCCCAGGACGUCGGAGACAGAUGACGGCGCGGUGGGGAAGUCAUCCGACGGAGAAGAUGAGCAGCAGGUUCCCAAGGGCCCCAUCCAUUCUCCCGUGGAGCUUCAGCGCGGCCAUGCCACCGUGGUGAAGGUUCCAGAAGUGAACUCCUCCGCCUUGCCGCACAAGCUCCGCAUUAAAGCCAAAGCCAUGCAGAUCAAAGUAGAAGCGUUCGAUCACGAGUUUGACGCCGCACCGAAACCGGCCUCGCCUAUGGACGGGACGCCCAAGAGACAUUUCGAACUCGAGAAGCAUACUGCCCCAAGUAUGGUACAUUCUGCCCUCACCCCUUUUUCAGUGCAGGUGACUAAUAUUCAAGAUUGGUCUCUCAAAUCGGAACACUGGCAUCAAAAAGAACUUAAUGGCAAAACUCAGAAUAGCUUCAAAACUGGAGUUGUGGAAAUGCAAGACAGUGGCUACAAAGUGUCUGACCCAGAGAAUUUGUUUCUGAAGCAGGGGAUAGCAAACUUAUCUGCAGAGGUGGUUUCACUGAAGAGACUCAUAGCCACACACCAAAUCUCUGCUUCGGACUCUGGGUGAAUUACUACUGAAAAGCUCUGGGUCUUUAGAAAGCCGUCAUUUGCAAUAGAUGAGUACGUUUUGUAUUAGGCUGAAUUUUCACUGGACCCGUGAUGUCAUUCCACUGUAAUGUUCACACAUUGUCUGCUGGGUGUCUUUUUGUGCACAAAUUAUUAUGGAAAUUAGAUUGUGUUAUCAACUCUGCCUUCUGUAUAGUAAAAUAGUCCAUACAAAGCCUGUAUAUAUUGAACAUUAUUUUUGUUGUUCUAUUAUAAAGCGUGUCAGUUACCAGUUUCAAUAAAGGAUUGGUGACAAACACAGA